AUGCCAGAGCCAAUUUUAUCAACUUUUAAAAACUUUAUUCCUUCUUCUGAGCAGUUUGGUUCUAUUGGAGCAACUACUACAUCAACUGUAAAUAAUACAAUUAAUAAUACUACACCAAUAUCAACAAUGUUGACAUCAACCACUUCAAUAAUUACAACUCCAAUAACGUCAAUAUCGUCUAAAACUUCUGCUGCCACAUCGUUUACAACUACGUCCUUUACUAAUUCAAUCCUUUUUUCUCAAGAUGAAAACAAAACCUUUGUUGAACAUUUGCAAAUACUUGUUAAAAUAGAGCCUCCAAACACAAUCAUUUAUCAUGCUCUAUCAACUGACUUGCCCAUACCUAAUCUAUUAGAAAUAUUUCAAACUUCUGCUCAAAAGAUUGACCACUGGUUAGAAUAUGCUAAUGUCACUAUACUUGCAUUAGACUUUGACAUAAAGGAGGGUGUUAAUAUUAGGAAUGUUAGUGAAAUGGAUGUGCUAAUACACAAAUAUGCCUCUAACAUUGAUUUAUUACAAGAACUUUUUCAAUUAACUCUAUCAAAAUUAAAUAGUGGUGAUGAUCAAAAUUAUAAAGACAUCAAAGUUACUUUUGACAGAAUACAUUCAGACUGGUUAGAAGUAAAAUCUUUUUUUGCAAAGGUAAAAAAAGAAAUAUCAGAGUCAAAACAAAGACGCGAAUUCUUGGAUAAAAUGGAUCAAAUUUUAGCAUCUAUAGAAGAAUUAGAUAUAAGUAUAUUUGAAUAUCAGGAACAAAGACAUAGUGACAAUAAUCAAAAUAAUAAUGAGUCAUCAUUUCCUUUUCCUAGAUUAAGUUCAAGCCCUACCCCAAGAAAUAAUAGACCAAUAACUCCUGGUGCUCCAACUGGCAUAAUAAAUAAUGGUAGUAGUAAUAAUAUUGAUUUUGAUGCUGCUCUCAUCAAGUUGGAUUCAAAAUUAGAACCUUUAUCUGCGCGUAUUGAAUAUUUGAAAUCUCGUCUAACUGGCUCUAAUGCUCCCUCAGAUCCCAACGGUAUAUUAAGGAAAAAAUAUAAUUUGCUAAAUGACAAAUGGGAGUCAUUGAAAAAUGAAAUGGAUUCGUUAAGGGAAGAAUUGAAAGAGGAUAAAUGGGUUGGUGUUUUUAAACAAGUUGGUGGUAAUGCUAAUCAAAUGAUGGAUUCACUUGAAAGAUCCGUCAAACAAUGUAAAGAUUUUAUGUACAGGGCCGCAAACGGGCCUGACUCUACAUUGCCUUCAAAAUAUUUAAAAAAUUCAUCUUCAAGAGCUGUCACAAAACUGUUAACUAUGCUUGGUAAUAAUAUUAAUAAUCAGAUGACUCGAGAUUGGGACUCAAUUAAUAAAUAUAAUGCAAUGAAAGAAAGAUGGGAUAGCAUACUUGAUGGUGUUGAUGAUGUUCAUAGAGACAUGCCUGCUCUAGAAUACGCGUUAGAUGCUUCAUUAAUCCCAAGUAAUUCACCUCCCUCUUCAAUACCCUCCUCAGUAGCUUCAUCGCCACCAAUUUCUCCCAACGUGGGGCCAACAAAUCGUCGGCCUGUAUCUCCAUAUAGAAGAGUUGUAUCUCCUACAGAAUAUGGAUAUUCUUCAUCGCCACCAAGGAAUAACAAUAAUUUGAUGUCAUCUUCCACGAGAUCAAAAUCACCGUCUCCUCCAAAUGGUCGCAGAUCAAAAUCAUCUAGCAGAUCUGGAUCACCGAUUCGUCCAACUUCUACCAGACCAAUAUCACCAGAUCGUGUUAAUCCAUCAGCAAUACCACGCCCCGUUACAAGUAUGGGUAUAGGUUAUAGGUCACAAUCAAGAGCUGGAGCAAGGUCAUUUUUACCAAAACCUAGUACACCUCAACCAGGUAUGACACCAACAAUGUCUCGUCUAGAAAUGAUCUCGCCUACAUUACCACCAAUCAACUCAUUUUCAUCGUCAAGACGUAAUAACCCAGUAAGGUCGCCAACACCAUCGUCAGUGACAAGUAGUACAUCGAUAACACCAGAAAUUUAUGAUGAUAAUAAUAAUGGUAGACCAAUUACUCCAACAGAUACUUUAUUACAAAGGUCCAUGUCUUCUUCUGAAACACGUUCAAAAUACGUACCAUUAAAAAAUGAUCCACUAGACAUUGAAGUGGCAAAGGUGGUAAAUUCAUCGCCAUUAGCGGUAAAGGUGGAAAGGGUAUCAACUGGUACGGGAAAAUAUUAUUUUGGUAAUGAGAGUGUUGGACGUGAUAGAAAAGUGCAUCUUUGUAAAUUAAUGAAUUUUGCAAGUGGUCGAAAUAAAGUUAUGGUUCGUGUUGGAGGAGGAUGGCAAGAUUUAGACAUGUUUUUAUUAGAUCAUAGUUUAAUGAAUGUUAGAAUUUAA